UUGGGGCUUGAGGCGCAAAGCGCGUCAGGUACUAGGGCGGCGGGAUGUCCUUCCCGGGGAGAGUCCGGAAGCCGCGAGGGGUGCUUAACCGCAAGCGCUAAGCUUGGCAAAAAGCACAGGGAAAGAACUGCAGGAUGGGCUUGUGCAAAGGCCUUGAAGCUCGGUGCAUCGCUGGAACCUAGGAAAGCACAGUGUGACUGCAGGGAGAUGUCAGGGGAAGUAGGAGCGGGGAGUGGGGAGGGCGGGGGCUAGAUCACCGGUUCUAGAGCUUUGGAGGCUCCCGGAAGGAGUUUUGUAAUAUAGCUCCGAGUGCGACAUUUUGCAAAUUCUGCUUAUUCAUCCAGUAUCUUUUUUUGCUGGGCGUGCAGUACACGCAGGUAGUACUUUAGGCACUGAGGCUGCAGCAAUAAAACAGUGCCUGCUCUGGCAGAGUGGCCAUUCUGGGGAGAGGAUAUGGGACCUGGAGCACGGCAUGGCCUUCCCUACAGCAGGAAGUUUUCAUCCUGAAGAGCGAGAGAAGGUGGGGGGAUGAGACAGACACUGGCAGGUGCGAAGAUACAGCAGGAGUUUAUGGACGUUCUCUUCCAAUUUUAAAACAUUUUCUGGGUGAGAAAUGAAGCCGACCAUCAGCUGCAGAUCUCCGGAUGACAGGGCGCAGCCGUGUGUUGGCCAUGCGCCACGUCGGGGGUGUGUCUCCCGUACUGGUGCGGAGGGACCUCUUUCUGACCAGGACUCUCUCCAGCCAUGGCCCCAGCCAGCCCAGAGAGAAGAGGCCCGAGGAGGUGGCCCUGGGGCUGUACCACCGCCUCACCGCACUGGGCGCAACCCUGGGGCACAGCAUUCGGCAGCGGGCGUCGUCCACGGCCAAGACUUGGUGGGAUAGAUAUGAAGAGUUUGUGGGACUCAAUGAGGUUCGAGAGGCCCAGGGAAACGUCACUGAGGCAGAGAAAGUGUUCAUGGUGGCUCGAGGGCUUGUCCGGGAGGCUCGCGAGGACUUGGAAGGUCAGCAGGCCAAGCUGAAGGAGGUGAGGGACCGCCUGGACCGCAUCUCCAGAGACGAUAACCAGUACCUGGAGCUGGCCACUCUGGAGCACAGGAUGCUGCAGGAGGAGAAGCGGCUUCGUAUGACCUACCUGCGCGCGGAAGACUCUGAGCGAGAGAAAUUCUCCCUCUUCUCUGCAGCCGUGCGGGAAAGCCAUGAGAAGGAGCGCACCCGGGCAGAGAGGACCAAGAACUGGUCACUCAUCGGGUCAGUCCUGGGGGCCUUGAUCGGUGUGGCUGGCUCCACCUACGUGAACCGCGUGCGGCUCCAGGAGUUGAAGGCUUUGCUCCUGGAGGCCCAGAAGGGGCCUGUGAGCCUCCAGGAAGCCAUCCGAGAACAGGCGUCUAGCUACUCACUCCAGCAGAGGGACCUCCGUGACCUCGUGGCAGACCUGAAGGGCCUGGUGCAAGCUGGGACCAGGCAGAGCUCUUUGUCCCAGGCAGGUUCUUCCCCGACCCAAGACAGAGACACAGAUGUCCUUUUAGCUGCCUUGAGAGAGCAGCUCAGCCAUUCUAGGCAGGUCCGUUCACGUCUAGAGGGUUUACGAGAGCAGCUUGAUGGCCUGGAAAAGACCGUGAGCCAAGUGGCUGGGGUGGUUCAGCUUGCAAAGGCUGCAGCACACCCGGGCCUGGUGGAGUCUGCAGACGGAGCUCUGCCUGGCUCCCUGCUGGAACAGGGGAGCAUGAUCAUGGCGCUGUCGGACACGGAGCAGAGGCUGGAAGCCCAGGUCAACAGGAACACCGUCUAUGGCACGCUGGUCACCUGCGCGACGUUUGUGGCCGUCCUACCUGUGCUUUAUAUGCUGUUCAGGGCCAGCUAGCCCCCUGGGCCCUCCUCCAGAGGGAGGAGGUAUGGAUGUGGAUUUAGUAAGGGAAUGAAGUAAUGAAGUGGACUUCCGGGAGUGUACUCAGCCUGAGUCUGACCUCACCGGCACACAUCCUUUGCUUUUUACACUAAUUGACAUUAACUAGCAAAUAUUUCUUCUUGCCUGGAGAAUCCCAGGGACAGGGGAGCCUGGUGGGCUGCUGUCUGUGGGGUCGCACAGAGUCGGAAACGACUGAAGCGACUUAGCAGCAGCAGCAAGUAUUUGUGCUCACGUCUUUCAAUUUUAUUAAAACGUCUUUCAUUUUUCUUAUUUAAAGUAAUGUAUGUGAGACUGAGUUUUGUCCAUUGAACAUUCAGAUUUGGAACUCGAGGGUAGGGCCUGAAAGUGAGAUAAUCGCCCCCUUAUAGUUCCUCUCUCAUCUCUUGAUCCGGCCCUUGGUUCAAGACCAUUUUUGAUACACUGGUCCCCCCCUACCCCCCACCAGGCCUUGAUUUUCAUUUUGGAUUUCCUGGCCUGUCCUCCACUUGUCCAACCCACCUGUGUCGGAUGGCCCAUGAUUUCCAGUAAAUAAAACUUGGCUUGCUGGUGACCAUGGUAA